GCGGUAAUGCACAUUCCACAAUCAUCCGAUCCAACAAAUCCAACAAAGAAGAAGAGACUGUUCUCGUUUGUAGCAACUUGGUGUCUUUUUAGCUAAUUAAGCUUGUAAAUAUCUUUAUUAUAGCUGUGAAACAUGCAUCGCAGCAUCAUAAGGUUUGCUGAGCAGCACUGGCAGUGUCCUGCUCGCUGUGUCAGCUCUGCCGUGAGGAGGAGAAAGGUUCUGAGAAGCGCCUUCCCAGUUCUGGAUCAGCCCCUUCUGCCCAUCCAGCGACACGUGUAUGAAGCAAACCUUAGACACAGCAUCGCCUGCCGCAAGAAGUAGAUACUCCGAGCUAAAGGAGAAGGUGAGGAAAGGUGGGGGAGAUAGCGGGAUAGCCAGACACACCCAGAGAAACAGGAAGUUGCUGGUGAGGGAUCGGCUGCACCUCCUACUGGAUGAUGAGGACUUCCUGGAGCUUUCACCGUUUGCUGGUUUGGGUCUUCCGUACGGGGACAUCCCCUCAGCCGGCUGCUUGACGGGCAUUGGAAGGAUUAAUGGCUUGUGGUGUUUGUUCAUCGCUAACGAUGCCACAGUGAAAGGCGGCACAGCUUAUCCAAUCACGGUGAAGAAGCAGCUACGAGCCCAAGAGAUAGCGAUCCAGAACCGCCUCCCUUGUGUCUACCUGGUUGACUCUGGAGGAGCUUUCCUACCGCUGCAGUCUGAGAUUUUUCCUGACAAGAAUCAGGGCGGAAGAACGUUCUACAACGAGGCCAUCAUGUCUGCCAUGAAGAUCCCACAGGUGGCGGUGGUGUGCGGCUCGUGCACCGCGGGUGGAGCUUACAUCCCCACGAUGGCAGAGGAGGCGGUGAUGGUGCACCGGAUAGGAACCAUAUUCCUGGGAGGCCCACCUCUUGUCAAAGCUGCUACAGGAGAGGAGGUGACCCCGGAGGAGCUGGGAGGAGCCAGACUUCAUGCUGAGGUGAGCGGCUGCGUGGACCAUUUUGCGUGGGAGGAAAAGGAGGCAUUUGAUUAUACCCGAAGCAUCAUAUCCACCCUCAACUUUCAACUGCCUGAGGAGGAGGAGGAGGGCGUGAAGAAGGACGCUGGAGAGGAGCCGCUGUUCAGUUCAGAAGAACUUUUGGGUCUCGCUCCUCAGAGUUACGGCCACAGUCUGGAUGUGAAGAUGAUAAUCAGUCGGCUGACAGACGGGAGCCGCUUCCAGGAGUUCAAAGCUCGCUACGGAACCACGCUGGUCACUGGUUUCGCUAAGAUUUCUGGCCACCUGGUGGGAAUAGUGGCCAACAACGGAGUGCUGUCGCGUGACGCCGCGCUGAAGGGGAGCCAUUUCGUCCAGCUGUGUGACCAGAGAGACGUCCCGCUCCUCUUCCUCCAGAACACGGCUCCUGCAGCAGCUCUGACUCUGUCUGCAGCCCAGGCGGAGGCGAACGGCAACCGCCUGAAGGCACAGGGGUCCAUGAUGUCAGCGGUAGCCUGUGCCUCGGUCCCAAAAAUCACUGUGGUGAUAGGUGGUUGCCAUGGCGCCGACAGCUACGCUAUGUGUGGACGAGCCUUUGACCCUAACUUCCUGUUUCUGUGGCCCAACGCCCGCGUGUCUCUGACCGCGCCAGGCCACGCCGCCUCCCUGCUCCCCCCCGACGAGGAGCAACAGGAGGAGAAUCUGAACGAGAGGUUAAAGGAGGAGAGCUCUGCGUUCUUCUCCUCUGGCAGGAUGUGGGACGAUGGAGUUGUUCUGCCGCAGGACACCAGGAAGGUUCUUGGAGAUUCUCUGGACAUCAUCAAACAGCAGCGCUAUCAGCUGUCGACUGAGAAGCAGCGGUCUGUUGUUCUACGUGUGUAGAAGCUUCCAUCCUCACAUACCUCACCAUCUCAGCUGCUGUUGGACUAAUGCAGAUGUUUUCCCUCACAAGGAUCUUUUAUGGGUGUUUGUACAGAAUGAUCAAAACUUACAGUCAGAAAUUCAUCAUGUUUUACAUCAAUAAUCGGAACACUGGUGUGUACCAUCCAGGAGGUGUCGCAUCUAAACACGUUUGUGGAAAAAUGCUGCAAAAGUGCCUCUUUGUGUUUCGUUUUUUCAACGUUUUGACUAUUUGCCCGUCGUUUGAUGUUCUAAAACAAGAAAAAACAUUCAAUUGUGUCUAACAAUAGAUUUUGUUUUUAAAUGACCUCAGGCCUUACACAAAAUAACUAUAAUAUCAUUCUGUAAUUACAAAUGUAAAAUAAAUGCUGUUAAUAUGUA